CACAGCAGCCCUGCUUUGCAUAGCGGCACCGCUGCUGCCGCCCUACGAGCGCUGGCAGAUGGAUCGGCGCCGCUCGGCGCUUUUUUUCCGUUCGCUGUCUUUUUAGUGAACUUGGUUGCUUCAGUCUUUUAGAGAUGCCAAAGAGGCAUCGCAAGGAGCAGUGAAAAGCUUCCUUGGGAAUGCCCGGCCGUUAAUGGACCUGCUGGGGCUGCAGCCCUCUCACAAAAGAGGUUUUCUGCCAGGCUGUGUUCAACAAAUUGAGCCGAGCUUUUUUUUGGCUUUAUCUUAGCUGCUGUGAAAUGAUUGCAGAAACGCACUCAGAAUUUAGUUCGCUUUCAUUUAAGGCAUUUUCUUGAAGAUUUGAGAGGAAGACAGCCUGAAAACUGCUGGAACUACUUUCUUUGUGUUUCUGAAUAAUUUAAAUCUAGUUUUUUCAUAUAUGGCAUUAAUGCACGAUGGCACCGGAGACAUAAAAAAUCUGUUCAGUUUAAGCUGCAUUAAUGAAGAGUUUGCUUCAGAUUCUGUGUCAGCCUGGGCUUCGCUAUCAGUGCCAGAACCUAUUAAGACCAGUUUAAGCCAGCCCCAACCUGCCGGUACCGGUACCAGUACUUCCACCAGCACUAUUACCAACAGCAGCAAUGGCAAGCGUGCAUCUGCUAAUGGGCAGCAGCCAGCUGCGUCCCGUUACCUGCCUCGCGAGGUGCCUCCACGCUUCCGCCAGCAAGAACAGAAGCAGCUCUUAAAGAGAGGGCAGCCACUGCCUCCUGGGACUCUGACUGGCACCAGCCCAGCGCAAGGUACCGGACAAGCAGGGGCGAGUCCUCCUCCGCAGCAGGGAGCGGGAGGACAGCAUCAUCCCAGUAAGACCCAAGCAGAUCUCAGUCACAGUGGAUUGGGAGACCAUUAUGAAAAUUCCCACUGGGGACAGCAGCCCACUUUCAGGAGUGAAGGCAACUGCAGCUGGGAUAAAGUGAUAAUAGACAGGACUGACAAGGAAGCGUGGCCUUCCAUCACAGGAGCUGAGACUGAAUCUGCCUCAGAAUGUACUACAGACACUGACUCUGCCUCCAACUGUGGCUCAGAGAACAGUAGCAUGGCUACAGGGAGUGCCCAAGGCAACUUCACUGGACAUACAAAGAAAACUAAUGGCAAUAAUGGCGCCAACGGAGCACUCGUCCAAAGCACUUCUAACCAGAGUGCCCUUGGAGCUGGUGGAGCAAACGGUAACGGAAACUCGGCCAGGGUGUGGGGGGUGGCUGCAGGCUCCAGCUCUGGCCUAGCUCACUGCUCUGCCAGCGGUGGGGAUGGAAAGAUGGACAACAUGAUUGGAGAUGGUAGAAGUCAAAACUGCUGGGGUGCUUCCAACUCAAAUGCUGGCAUUAAUCUUAACCUUAACCCUAAUGCCAAUCCAGCUGCCUGGCCUGUACUCGGACAUGAAGGAACUGUGGGAGCAGGCAACCCUUCCAGUAUUUGCAGUCCAGUCAGUGCCAUAGGUCAGAACAUGGGCAACCAGAAUGGGAACCCAACAGGCACCUUAGGUGCUUGGGGAAACUUGCUGCCGCAAGAGAGCACAGAACCACAAACGUCCACUUCUCAGAAUGUGUCUUUCAGCGUACAACCUCAGAACCUUAACACUGAUGGACCAAAUAACACUAACCCCAUGAACUCUUCACCAAACCCUAUCAAUGCAAUGCAGACAAAUGGACUGCCGAACUGGGGGAUGGCUGUUGGUAUGGGGGCCAUCAUCCCGCCCCACCUGCAAGGCCUUCCUGGUGCUAAUGGAACAUCAGUUUCUCAAGUCAGUGGGGGCAGUGGUGAAGGAAUGGGCAGUUCAGUAUGGGGGAUGUCCCCCGGUAAUCCUGCCACAGGAAACAGCAAUUGGUUCAGUCAGGGGAAUGGAGACACUGUGAACUCAGCAUUAAGUGCUAAACAAAAUGGAUCCAGCAGUGCUGUGCAAAAGGAAGGAAAUGGAGCGAGUGCGUGGGAUUCAGGGCCUCCUUCUGGCCCUGGGGUACUAGCGUGGGGCAGGGGCGGUGGCAACAGCGGUGUUGGUAGCAUGCAUUCUGGAGCUUGGGGCCACCCCAACCGUAACGCCAGUAACGGUGUAAACGGUGAAUGGGGCACCCCAAACCAGCAUUCCAAUAGUGACAUCAACGGGAAAGGAUCAACGGGUUGGGAUGGCUCUAGUGUUACCAGUCCGAAUCCUGCCAUGCAGCAGGGCAAUGAACAAAUGAACUCUUGGGCCAAAGCUGCAGCAUCUGGCACCACAGCUAGCGAAGGAAGUAACGACAGCGGUGGAAGUCAAAACGAAGGCAGUACUGGGAGGGAGGGGGCUGGAGAAGGCAGGAGGAGAGAUAAAGGGAUGAUAGACCAAGGGCAAGUUCAGUUGCCAAGAAAUGACCUUGACCCCAGGGUCCUGUCCAAUACAGGGUGGGGACAGACCCCUGUAAAGCAAAACACUGCCUGGGAAUUUGAAGAGUCCCCAAGGUCUGAACGAAAGAAUGACAAUGGAACGGAGGCCUGGGGUUGUGCAGCUACUCAAUCUUCAAACUCAGGGGGGAAGAACGAUGGGUCCAUCAUGAACAGUACAAAUACCUCUUCAGUAUCUGGGUGGGUCAACUCUCCACCUGCAGCUGUUCCAACAAAUACAGGCUGGGGAGACAAUAACAACAAAGCACCAAAUGGCCCAGGGGGAUGGGGAGAGUCAGCAAGCUCUACUACUGUUAAUAAUGCUGCUGCUGCCAAAAGCGGCCACGCUUGGAGUGGGACCGCAAAUCAGGAGGACAAAUCACCUACCUGGGGUGAACCUCAGAAACCCAAAACUCAAAACUGGGGAGAUGGACAGAAAUCAAAUCCAAGCUGGACUUCAGGAGGCGGAGAUUGGACAGAUUCGUCAUCUGUUCCUGGACACUUGGGUGAUGGGAAGAAGAAUGGAUCUGGAUGGGACUCUGACAAUAGGUCAGGGUCUGGUUGGAAUGAUUCCACGAGGUCUGGGACCAGUGGGUGGGGAAAUGGCACAAACAGCAAGGCUAAUACAGGUACAAGUUGGGGGGAAUCGUUAAAGCCAGGCCCCCAACAAAAUUGGGCUAAUAAACCCCAGGACAACAAUGUGAGUAACUGGGGAGGAGCUGCUUCUGUAAAACAGACGGGGUCAGGGUUUGGUGGGCCAGUGCCAGCCAAACAAAAAGAGAACUGUGAGGCAACUGGCUGGGAAGAACCAUCUCCACCGUCCAUUCGCCGCAAGAUGGAAAUCGAUGAUGGUACCUCAGCUUGGGGCGAUCCAAAUUACAACAACAACAAGACUGUAAACAUGUGGGAUAGAAAUAAUCCUAUAAUUCAGAGCAGUACCACAACCAAUACCACCACCACUAGCACCAUUAUCAACACAAACAUGGUUGAACCUCAGCCAUCGCACCAGUCAAGUGCCCAGCCGAACCGGUCCCCGCUGCUUGGUCCAGGAAAAAAGAAAAAGAAAAAAACUUCAGGAAAAAAAAGACUUUUUGUAAGAGCAGGCUGGGGAGAAAUGCCUAACGUCCACACAAAGACCGAAGCUUCUUGGGGAGAGCCGUCAUCCCCUUCUGCUGCAGUUGAUAAUGGCACUUCAGCGUGGGGGAAGCCCCCCAGCAGUGGUACAGGGUGGGGAGAUAAUCCUGCCGAGUCGGCAGGGACAUACGGAAGAACAAAUGCUCCAGCUGCUGCCCCAGCACUGUGCAAACCAGCUUCAAAAUCUAUGCAAGAAGGCUGGGGCAGUGGUGGGGAUGAAGUGAAUCUCAGUACUAGUCAGUGGGAAGAUGAAGAAGGAGAUAUGUGGAAUAAUACUGCUUCACAAGAAAGCAGCUCCUCCUGUAAUUCCUGGGGGAAUGCCCCAAAGAAAGGACUUCAAAAGGGCAUGAAGACAUCUAGCAAGCAAGAUGAGGCCUGGAUCAUGAACCGCCUGAUAAAACAGCUCACAGAUAUGGGCUUCCCUAGAGAGCCAGCGGAAGAGGCCUUGAAGAGCAACAAUAUGAAUCUCGAUCAGGCCAUGAGUGCUCUGCUGGAAAAGAAGGUGGAAAUGGACAAGCGUGGAAUGGGAGUGACCGACUAUAAUGGAAUGGUCACCAAACCCCUUGGCUGCCGCCCACCACCAAUCUCCAAAGAGUCUUCCAUGGACCGCCCCACCUUCCUUGACAAGGAUGGCGGCCUAGUGGAAGAGCCCACUACUUCACCAUUUUUGCCUUCACCAAGCCUGAAGCUCCCCCUUUCAAACAGUGCACUCCCUAAUCAGACCCUGGGCGGGAUUGCCUCAGGGCUGGGCAUGCAAAACUUGAAUUCUUCUCGACAGAUACCGAGUGGCAAUCUGGGUAUGUUUGGCAAUAGCGGAGCAGCACAAGCCAGGACCAUGCAACAGCCGCAGCAACCGCCAGUGCAACCUCUUAAUUCAUCCCAGCCUAGUCUUCGUGCUCAAGUGCCUCAGUUUCUAUCCCCUCAGGUUCAAGCACAGCUUUUGCAGUUUGCAGCAAAAAACAUUGGUCUCAACCCUGCACUAUUAACCUCGCCAAUUAAUCCUCAGCAUAUGACGAUGUUGAACCAGCUCUAUCAGCUGCAGCUGGCGUACCAACGUUUACAAAUCCAGCAGCAGAUGUUACAGGCUCAGCGUAAUGUUUCCGGACCCAUGAGACAACAGGAGCAGCAAGUUGCACGUACAAUCAAUAACAUGCAGCAGCAGAUCCAGCAGCACCAGCGCCAGCUGGCCCAGGCCCUGCUUAUGAAGCAGCAGCCUCCCCCUCCACAUCUAUCUUUGCACCCCUCUGCAGGCAAAUCAGCCAUGGAUAGCUUUUCACCCCAUCCCCAGGCUCCCGGCCUUCCUGACCUGCAGACCAAAGAGCAACAGUCUUCACCGAACACCUUUGCUCCUUACCCUCUUGCUGGACUGAACCCGAACAUGAAUGUAAAUAACAUGGACAUUACUGGUGGUUUGUCAGUGAAGGACACUUCUCAGUCCCAGUCUCGCCUUCCUCAGUGGACACACCCCAACUCAAUGGAUAAUCUGUCUAGUGCUGCUUCUUCUCUUGACCAGAACUCCAGCAAGCACGGUGCUAUACCUGGAGGUUUAAGUAUUGGUCCUCCGGGAAAGUCCUCCAUUGAUGACUCUUACGGCCGGUAUGAUCUGAUUCAAAACAGUGAAUCGCCCGCCAGUCCACCCGUAGCUGUUCCUCACAGCUGGUCACGUGCCAAAACUGAUAGUGAUAAAAUUUCCAAUGGCUCCAGCAUAAACUGGCCACCAGAGUUUCAUCCAGGAGUGCCAUGGAAAGGACUGCAGAAUAUUGAUCCUGAAAAUGACCCCGAUGUUACUCCUGGAAGUGUUCCAACUGGGCCUACCAUAAACACCACAAUACAGGAUGUUAAUCGCUAUCUUCUCAAGAGUGGAGGGUCAUCCCCAACAUCAUCUCAGAAUGCCACGCUGCCUUCAUCGAGUGCCUGGCCGCUUAGUGCCUCCGGCUACAGUAGCUCUUUCAGCAGCAUUGCAUCCGCACCUAGCAUUGCAGGUAAAUUGUCAGACAUCAAGUCUACGUGGUCCUCUGGCCCAGUCUCUCACACACAAGCCUCUUUAUCCCAUGAACUAUGGAAGGUACCCAGAAACACUACUGCUCCUACAAGACCUCCUCCAGGCUUAACAAACACCAAGCCAUCAUCUACAUGGGGUGCCAGUCCCCUGGGUUGGACCAGCUCUUACUCCUCUGGUUCAGCAUGGAGUACUGACAGCUCAGGGAGAACAAGCAGCUGGCUGGUUCUUCGAAACCUCACACCCCAGAUUGAUGGUUCCACACUGCGGACACUGUGUUUGCAGCAUGGCCCUCUAAUAACAUUCCACCUGAACCUGACACAAGGGAAUGCUGUGGUCCGAUACAGUUCCAAGGAAGAAGCAGCCAAGGCCCAAAAGUCUCUGCAUAUGUGUGUCCUGGGAAACACUACCAUCUUGGCCGAGUUUGCUGGUGAAGAGGAAGUAAACCGUUUCUUAGCACAAGGCCAGCCCCUGCCGCCCACCUCCAGCUGGCAGUCCAACACUGGAAGCAACCAGACGCGCCUGGGCUCAGCGGGCGGCUCGCACGGCUUGGUGCGUGGCGACGCCGGCCACUGGAACAGCCCCUGCCUGGGCGGCAAGGGCAGCAGCGACCUGCUGUGGGGUGGGGUGCCCCAGUACUCCAGCAGCCUCUGGGGACCCCCCAGCACCGACGACGGCAGAGUUAUCGGGAGCCCCACACCUCUGAAUACUCUUCUUCCAGGUGAUCUUCUCAGUGGGGAGUCCAUCUAGGAAACGAGAGAAACAAAAUGGAAAUAACAAUCAUCAGCACUAAAGGAAAAAUAAAAUUUGUAACCCUUUCCAGUCCCGGGCUUGAUGAAGAAUCCAGCUUUAACAGAUCAGACUGGCAGCCCUUUUUUAGUACCUCUGUCCAAUAUCGAAUAUGAAACUGCAGAAGUCCUUGUGAACUGUUAAUGAAACAGUAUGGGCUACUUUUGGUCAGUGUCACAUGCUAAUGACAGGUUUUAUUUUUUUCAUGGCUUUUUGUUUUAUGUUGUCUUUUUAUGUCUGUAUGGUGAUUUUAAAAACAAACUAUAAAAGCUGCUUAGAAUAGGUCUAUCAUGAAGGGCACUUUUCAGAAUUUGGGCUGGAAAGGGUUAUUUUAUCAACUUGGGGGGGGAAGGGGAAAUGAAAGCCUAUUUAAAAUGAGCCUGUGACUAUUAUGCACAUUACCAGAGGCGGACCCAAUAAUCAGAAAGGGUGAAGUGUGAUAUUUACCAUUGGUACAGAAAAGUAAUGAAUCUGAAUGGUAACUCUUGACUGUACAGGUUGAAUGGGGGGAGGGCGGGCGGGGGCUGGGGUAUCUCUGUGUCCACUACUCCCAUGGAUCUGCCUAUGCACAUUACCCUUGUUUCAUUACUUUUUCAUGUCAUUUUUUUAAUCCCAAAAAUAUAAAAAGUUUAAAAAAAAAAAAAAAAAGAACAUAUCAAACAUGCAAAUACUUGAAUCCAGCAGGCCAAUAACAAAAUGUGAACACUUUCUAAGUCUAAUUAUUACACUUCCAGGUUGGCAUCAGUACACAAAAAACAGGCUCUAAGAAUUUUUUUUUAAAGUUCAGACUAUAUGUUUCUGUUUGAACAGAUGUAUGUAUGUGAGUGUGCUUGUGUGUAUGUGUGUGUACGUGUGCGCCCACGUGUGAUUUAACUAAAAGUGUGAAUUUUUUCCUUUUAUUCAGUAUAUGCUUUUUAUUUGCUCAUUGGUCAAAUGUUUAAUUGUUAUUAGCUUCUAACUUUGCACUGAGUGUCCGCAGCCCUUCUUGUAGCUAAUCCUAUAACGGUAAAAAGGAGAAAAAAAAAGAAAGAAAAAAAAAAGAAAAAAAAGAAAGAAACUGAUAGAAGGGGCCGGCGACAAUUCACGUGUAAAUGUUUACUCAAGGACUCUUAUUGCAUUUUAAAAAUUACAGUGUGUAUCUCUGGAGAAUAAUAUGUAUAUCUACCUUUAGCGGCUUUUUAUUGUGGACUAAUGCAAGAAAAUUAUUACCGGAGUAUUGCACCAUUUUUCCAUUCGGAAUAUAAAGUUUAAAAAAAUACUGUUGUUGAACUGUGGCCAUAGAUAAUUGUAAAGAGUGGAUAGUUCCCUUGCAAGCAGGAACAGAAACAAGCACUUGGACAUAGGUUUUGACUGCUUUUGGAGGAGCCAGGAGUUUUGGCUCUCACCUGUUUACAGACCUUUUUUCUCCUUCAAACUUUAAAAUAAAAAAGGAAUUAAAAAAAAAAAAGAAAAAAAAAAGAAAAAAAAAGACUUCCAUCGUAAAGAAAACUAUUUUCAGAAUGAAGAUAUGCUACUUCAGAGCUCUGGGAUUGAACAGUGUUGUUGUAUUAUUCUUUUCUUUGGCCAUUGCUGUGUACUAUUUUUGUUGUUGUUUUCCUCCUCUUCGUCAAAGUGGCGAAAACUUUGUGAUCACUAUCUUGCACAUGGUGGAAGAUGUCUCAGGAAAGCCGGGUUUCCCGAGGAGCAACUCCACACCAUUUCAUGUAUUUUUAAAAUCCAACUCCUAGCACUGAAGAUAUUAUUAAAAAACAAAAUAAAAAAGACAGUAAGAAAGAAGAAAAUACCUAAUCUAAUGUGUAGCAGUUACAUAUUUACCAAAUAAUGGACUCAAAAGAAAUAGAUGUUUGAAGAGUGCUUUAUAUAUUAAAAAAUUGCUUUAUGUUUAAAAAAAGAUCAAUGUUUUUGAUUGUUUUGAAAGGAAGAAAGACAAUGGAAUAACAUACACUUCAAGUAUGUUUUAAAAAUUAUAUGAACAUUGUGCUCCCUGCCUGCUUGGAUCAGGAAACUUGUGCAUUACAUUUUUUUUUUUUUUUUGGAAGAUUAGCUUUUUAAUGGUUUUAUCAGAUUUAAAGGGUCCUGCAAGAUUGCAAAUUAACAAAAGCUGGUUUUAUAGAGGAUCAUGAACUAUGCACAAACUGGGUUCAAGACUUGUUUUUUUCUCAAGUUUUAGUAGUGUAUUUAGCUGAAUAACCUUUCCUCAGAGUAAUUGCAUCUCAUUGCCAUUACACGCCUCCUACAUAUAUAUAUUUUAUAUAUAUAUAUACACACACACACUCUUAUAUAAAAUAUGUAUGUGUGUAUGUGCGUGUUUACAUACAAUUUUUCAUGCUGAAGUUUAGCAUUGAGUUGUAGAAAAACUCCUGAUAUUUUGAAAUUGGGAAUGAAAAUUUCUGUUUAGGGUUGGUGGGGUGGGUUUUUGUUUGGGGGCGCUUUUUUUUUUUUUUUUGCCUUUCCUUUUGGAUUAAAGAUGUCUGUAACUCUGAGAUUAAAAACAAACAAACAAACAAUUGUGGCUUUUAAUGUUCUUUCUCCUCAUAGAAUGUGAUUGUUAAAGAACAUGCACCGAAAGUUGCUUUCAAGAGUACGAAGAUUCUUUGAAACUUAAUAAAUUGCAGUUUUUUCUUGGCUGUUCAAA